AUGGGAUGGUUCGGCAAAAGCGAUUAUCAACCUAGAGGCAAACACUGUUAUGUCACUGGUGGUACUCAAGGAUUAGGUAAAGCUCUCGCUGAAAGUCUAGUCAAACAAGGCGCACACGUCACUGCGGUCGCAAGGGAUGUGGAGAAGGGAAAGAGAGUAGAGGCUGAACUCAGAGCCCUUGCUCAACCUCAUCAAACAAUCAACUUCAUCUCGUCUGACCUGACAGAUGCCGAGUCAUCAGCAGCGAGCUUGCAGAAGUCUUCUGAACAUUUCGAUGGUCAAGCGCCAGACUACUAUUUCCUCUGUGCAGGAUUCUCUAGACCGAAAUAUAUGGUUGAUAGUUCUUUGGAAGAUUUCAAAUCUGGAUUCGACGGAACUUACUGGGUGUCAGCGUGGACCGCUCAAGCAGCAGUAAAACUUAUGGUCAAACAACGCAAAAUAGGGAAAAUCGUAUUCGUAUCUUCGUUCUUGGGAUAUACUACUUUUGCUGGAUAUACCAAUUAUUCACCUGGUAAAUAUGCUUUAAGAGGUCUUGCCGAUUCCCUUCGAUCCGAAAUGCUCCUUCACGACAUAUCCGUUCAUAUCUUCAUGCCAUGCGGUAUUCAAGGACCUGGUUUAGAAGCUGAGAACAAAGACAAGCCAGCUGUGACUCAUAAAAUAGAGGAGGGUGAUACACCUAUACCGCCUGAAGAAUCUGCGAAAGCUCUGGAGACUGGCUUGAAAAAGGGUUAUUAUCAGAUUACAGACAAUAUAGUAGCUGAUUUCGCGAGGUUGAGAUCCAAUGGUGGUGUGCCUUCGAACAACUUUUUCGCAGAUACUUUUUACCUUUUAGUGAGCUCUGUCGGUAUCCCCAUUUGGAGAAUGACAGCGGAUGCUGCUGUCAGGAGUGGAAGGAAAGCUGUUCGAGCUGAAUAUGAGGCUAAAGGGGUAUACGAUAAUCCUGCCAAAUAG